AUGGGUUGUGGACAAAGUAUACUACAAAAACAUUCUAAUAAAAAUAAAAAAGAUUAUAAUGGUAAUCAUAAUUUAAUAAAUAACAACAAAAAACAGGCUUCAGCUGAAUUAACUGUUAACCGUCAAUCUCGAAUUAACCCAAAACCAAAUAUAAUACCUAGUUUAAAUUCUAAUACUCCAAAUUAUUCUAAAACUACUAAUAAAAAUCAAAAUAAUACAUUUUCUAAUGGUAAUAAUAGUCAAAGAAACAGUAGAUCAGCUAAUGGUAAAAAUUAUAGUAACAACACUACUAAAUUGCAACAACUUGCUAGUGUUGAAUCUACUUAUUCCAAUGAUAAUAAUGAUAAUGGUGGGAAUAAUUUUAUUGAUGAUAUUAAUUGUCCUACUAAAAAAGAGAGUGAUAUUGUUUUUAGCGUUAAUAAGUAUAAUAAAAUGAGAAGUAAUUCUCCACCAAUGUCUAUUAAAUCUGCAAUUUUAAUACAAAAAUGGUAUAGAAGAUGCCUAGCACGACUUGAGGCACGAAGAAAAGCAACAUGGACAAUUUUUACAGCACUCGAGUAUGCCGGAGAACAAGAUCAAAUAAAAUUAUAUAAUUUUUUUACUGAUAUAAUUUCAGCAAUGAUAAGUCAAGAAACAAUUACACAAAAUAAUGGAACAUUUAAUAGUGCUCUGGUAGAAUUUACAAAAUCAAAUGAUGUUACUGAAAUGGAACGUAUUUUGUUAGAAGCAACAAAUCCAGAUAAAUUUAAAAUUGAAAAAAAUUAUAAAGGUCCACAUAUAUCAUUGCCAUUAAAAAAUCAACACAUUGAACAGAUGAUAGAACAUUUUAAAAAUAAUAAAACUUUACAUAUAAAAUAUAUGUUUUUAAUAUUUCAUGAAGCAAGAAAAAUUCUCAAAAAUAUGCCUACAGUAGUUGAUAUGUCAACAUCAAUUGCUAAACAAAUAACUGUAUGUGGAGAUUUACAUGGAAAAUUUGAUGAUUUAUGUAUUAUAUUAUAUAAAAAUGGUUUUCCAUCAAUGGAUAAUCCAUAUGUUUUUAAUGGUGAUUUUGUAGAUAGAGGUGGACAAAGUAUAGAAAUAUUUAUUGUUCUUAUGUCAUUUUUAAUAUUAAAUCCUACCUCAUUUGUUGUAAAUAGAGGAAAUCAUGAAGAUCAUAUUAUGAAUUUAAGAUAUGGUUUUGUUAAAGAAAUUAAUGCUAAAUAUAAAGAUAAUACAAAUUCUAUAAUUAAAUUAAUUGAUGAUAUUUAUUCUUGGUUACCAUUAGCUACUAUAAUUGAAAAUCAAAUAUUUGUUACACAUGGUGGUAUAUCAAAUAAAAUAAAUUUAGAAAAAUUAAGAAAAUUACAAAGACAAAAAUAUAUAAGUGUAUUACGUCCUCCUGUUAAUGAAGAUACAGGAACUGGUAAAAAAGGUAUUAAUAGUGAAGAGUGGGGAUUAGUUUUAGAUAUGUUAUGGAGUGAUCCAAAAGCUCAAAAUGGUUGUAGUCCCAAUGUCUUUAGAGGAGGUGGCUCCUAUUUUGGUCCUGAUAUAACAAAAGAAUUCCUAGAUAAAAAUAAUCUAAAACUUAUAGUACGAUCUCAUGAAUGUAAAUAUGAAGGUUAUGAAUAUAUGCAUAACAAUACAUGUUUAACAAUUUUUUCUGCAUCAAAUUAUUAUGAAACAGGUAGUAAUAGGGGUGCUUAUGUUAAAUUUAUGGGAUCUCCUUUACAACCUCAUUUUAUUCAAUAUAUGGCAAGUAAAAUUCAUAGAAAAACUACUGUUCGUGAAAGAAUAAGUUUAGUUGAAGAAAGUGCUAUUAGAGAUUUGAGAGAAAAAAUUGCAGCACAUAGUAGUGAAUUACAAAGAGAAUUAGCAUUGUUAGAUCCACAUGAUACUGGAAAAAUAUCAUUACACCAAUGGUGUCAAAUAGUAUCAAGUACCACAAAAUUGAAUGUUCCAUGGAGAGCAUUAGCUCCAAAAUUAGUUAAAGUUGACUGUGAUGGUAAAUCUGUUUUUUAUAAAAACAUUCCAACAGUAAAAUUUGGAAGAGAAGUACGUGAAAGAGAUAGUGCUGGAAUAACAGAAACAUUCUAUCGUCAUAAAAAUAUUUUAGAAACUUUAUUUAGAUUUAUGGAUAAAGAUAAUUCUGGAAAAAUAUCAAUGCAAGAAUUUAUUGAAGGUUGUAAAGUUUUGGAAGAAUUUACAAAAUUGUCAUUUGGUGAAGAUGAUAUAAAAGAAAUUGCAGAAAGUAUAGAUUUUAAUAAAGAUGGUUUUAUAGAUCUUAAUGAAUUUAUGGAAGCUUUUAGAUUAGUUGAUAAAACCAGAUAA